UUUACAUCUUACCAACAACACCCAUGAAUACUUUAAAUAUUGGCUUGCCCUCUUCCGCUCCGACUAACUGAUCUUGUUCCCCACCAAAUCCCUCGCCUAACGCUACCUCAGAAGAGACACUUCCCCUCCAUCCUCCUUUAAACAAAACGGACCGAUCAUUCGACCAUGUCUGAACACCAGUACAAAUUUAACAUCACCAUGAGCUGUGGCGGUUGCUCUGGGGCCGUAGAACGAGUACUGAAGAAGUUGGAAGGUGUCAAAUCUUUCGAUGUCAGUCUGAAUUCUCAAACUGCCACCGUCGUGACGGAACCGUCCGUGCCAUAUGAGAGAGUGUUGGAUACUAUCAAGAAAACUGGGAAGACAGUCAAUGCUGGAGAAGCAGAUGGGCAAACCAUGGCUGUGUGAGUGGAACGCUUUGCCGACAGGUGGCCACACUUUCGAAGAACUCGGGUCGAUGAAUUGAUGGAUAGCAAGCCGGCAUAUGUUGCGAUGGAGGCAGGAGUCCUUUGAUCUGGCCUCUCUUGAGAUGGUCAUGACAGAGCUGCGCUUAAAACCUCUGCUUCUCACAAUUAAAACUAUUUCCCCUUUACUCUUCUCUCAAGAGGCGAAUGCAAAUGGUUUACCUUAGGUCGCCCUAAGGGUGCUGAACAGUUCUGAAUACUCAGGUGCAGACUUGUUUUUUAUCAUGGCCGU